UUCCCAUCAUUUCUUCUGGUUGUGCAAAACCUGAGAUAAAGAAUGAAGCUAAGCGAGUCAAGAGGCGAAGCAGAGAAGCACAAGAAGCCACAACAACAUUUCCGUCAUGAUCUUAAAAACAUGAUCUCCUCCUUAACCCACAUGGGAGCAGACAAGGCGGGACCAAGCCAAUAUGAAGAGGAGAAGGAGGAGGAUGGCAUCAGCGCUAUCACUCUCGCUGGCUCAAACCUUGGAGCCACCAUGAAGACCGAGCUUGACGAUAACCAAGGAGACAGCUACAAAAACGGCGGCGAAGAGCUUGAUUUUCUGACCACCUUCGUGAACAGCAACUUUCAGGCUGUGAACAACUCCAUAACGAUGGGCGCAAAGUACGAGACUCAUGACCCAGGAGUUCAUCUUGACAUCUCAGGCGAUAUGGAAAAGAAACCUUUGAUGACGGCACGUGCGAGGGGGUCGAGGGAAAGGAAGGGGAAAACUCCUGCUAGAAGAGAUCGUCGAGAAUCCGAACAUAAAGGUUGAUUCGUAGCUUCAAGAACAAAUCAUUUUGGCUUCUGUGUUAAUUAAUCUAUUCUCUAAAUAAUCAGAAAAGUGGUGCAUGCCAAAGCACUUUACUCUUUCUUGAAGGUUGUUUUUUUUUCGAUUGCGCUCAUCAUCAAACACGUUCGAUAUGCAGUCUACUCUCGGUAUAAAUAAAAUUCGUUAUCACCUUGUA